AAAGCGACUAUUUGUUCGAGACCUGGACACCAUUGUCUUGUUUAUGACAUUCAACAGAACGUGCAGCGUGCAAAGAACUUUACAACGUGAAUCAUGAAAUUAGAAGUGAAUUCGGCAGCCGAUUUCCUGAUGAAUCUAUUGCGGCUGAAAAAAGGUGAACCAUUGCCCGACAAAGAUCAACUGCAAAAUUUCAAAGGGUCAUUGGAAAGUUUGCUUGUGCUACACUAUCGCAGCCAUUGGUAUCCAGAUGUACCGACAAAAGGUUCGGGCUAUCGAUGCAUUCGAAUCAAUGGUAAAAUCGAUCCGUUGAUCGCACAAGCCGGAAUGGCGGUCGGAAUUUCGCCGAAUGUUUUGCGUAAAAUGUUGCCAGCCGAAUUAACGCUUUGGAUUGAUCCAGAGGAGGUGGCCUAUCGCAUCGGUGAAAAUGGUUCGAUUUGUGUAUUGUACGAUUCACAAAGCCGUGCCAGCCCAUCGUCCGAUCUCGAUUCGACCGGUUCGAGUGCCGAUGAAUUCAUUAUGGAUCGUGUCGGUCGCCCCGAUAUUAGCCAUUACGAUGAGCGCCAUUCCACCUCGCUAUCACCAUCGAAUUCGCCAACGAAACCCGUACCAAUGCAAGAAAUGGUACCAGAUCCACGUCGCAUGAACUAUGUUCCUCAAAACCAAUUACCACCCCAAAACUACCAAAUGCACCCGCCACAACCGCAUCCACAAGCUUUUCAAUAUCAUCGACAGGCGAUGAAUGCCAAUCAUAACCAUCAUCCAUCGACACAGCAUCAACAAUACAUGCAACAAGUACAAUGGGAUGGAUUCGGCAACAAUAACAAGGUGUUGUGCGGAUAAAUUGACCUUUCAACGAACGAUUUACGGACCAUGUGCGAUUCAGCGAAAUUCAUCAAACGUGAUCAACAUAUCCAAAUCGCACUAAAUUACUAAAAAGCAACAACUUCAACAGAGAAAACCAUUUUCAACAACCCGCAGAGACAAAAAAAAAUAAAGAAGCAAAGAAAACGAAAGUGAAUACCGACGAAAAAAAAACCGAAAAAUUAAUCAACUAUACACAAGCACCGCAUGGAAGGGAAGAAACAAAAAAUUCAUUUGUGACAAUGACUCACACACAUCAGACAAAAAAAAAGCGAAAAAACUUUGAGUAGAAAAACAAACAAAAAAACCAUCUCUUCAAGGCUUCACUUGAAUAUGCAAGUCGAAACAGAAAGAAAAAUGUAACUAAUAUUUAAAUAUUUUAUUUAUUAUUUUUAUCUUGUACAAAAGAGAAAUAAUAGGAAAUGAAAAAUUUAUUAAACCCGAUGAAAUGUUUAUUUUAACGAUCCUAACAUAUUUGAAUGAGUUGAAGCAAGACAGAAAACCAGCGAAAACGGAAAGCAUUUUCGACACAAAAUGGAACUACUAUGUAGAAAGAGAGUGUUUAUGUGAAACAAACUCGAAAAAAAACGAAAGAAAUAUUUGAUGAUAGGCAACGCGAGUGCGUAUGCAAUGAUAUAAAAAAAAAAAAAAUAACAACUGAAUUUAAAGUUGAUUUGUAUGGAAUAUGGGCCCAUAGGACUCAAUUAAAUAGUUUAUCGUAUUUCAAGUAAAACAUUAAAAAAAAAUAACAACUGAAAUUGCAAAAGAUUCAUAUUUAAAAAAUGUAUAAGAUGUUUUCGCGAGUUCAGAGAAAACAAUACACCACGAUAAGAAACAUACCCCCACAAAAUGCACAAAACGAUAAAAUUUCUCUUUGAAAAUCAUACCACCACCAACACAUACACGUCUUGAAUGAACAAAAGCCAGAGCAAAAUAUAAAAUACGCAUGUAUAUUGGAAAGUAGCCAUUUACUUGUCUUUGAUAUCGAUGCAAACCAACAGCAACAACAAUAAGCGGAAACUUUUACAACUCAGACUGUGUAAAAUGUAAUUUGUUUUUGAACAGACAAAAAAAUAAAUAAAUUAUAUCGAAGAAAAAUUCAACGAAACAAAUGAAAACGAAUUUUGUUUUCUGAAGUCCCACUCCCUCCGUAGCAACUGAUUUCGAACGCUCGCGAUGAUAUUUGUUCGAUCUAUUGAAUCUAAUUUCAAUAUAUUUUGAACAGAGACCCAGUAGUACGUUUGUGUCAAUUCAAUUUAAACUUUUUCGUUUCAUUACAAUAACAAGAACCUUACAUUAGAAAACAAACCAUAGAAACUUCGCUAAAACAGAAGCCACAUCAUCCACCAUAUUAAAAUAAACAGACGAACAGAAUCAAAAACAUUUAACUAAAACGUCGCUAAAUUUAACAAAGCGAAUUAUGUACAUAGACAGGAGAAAGAUGAAAAAUAAAAAUAAAAUUCAAAACAGGAGCAAAUCUCUUUUGAUAUAAACAAACAAUUAUAUUCUGAAUGAGAUUUCCACCGCACGAACCAAACGAACCAUCGUUACGGUGUCGCGAAUACAAUAAUUUGAUAAAGCACAACCAUUUUACUCUUUUGUCCGAAUGCAUUUUUGCCACUCGGUCGAUCUCGAGCUAGCAGUUCUAUUGAGCGCCCCCUGGUGAAAUUGCUUGGAAUAAACAAUUUUUUGAAGAAAAACCAGUUAUCACACGUGAAAUAAUAAAUAGGUCGUAAAUAAUCAGACAACAAGUUAUGAAAAAAAAUGAAUAAAAAACAAAAUCAAAUAGAUACAAAGAGCAAAAAAUGCAAGUCAAUGUAAUUAAAUUAGGGAUUUCGUGAAUUUUAUAGCCGAACGACUCUCACACAACAACCAUUCAUUCUCACUCACACACAUACAUGCUAAUUGAAACCAGAUGAAACAGACGAUUGUUUUUUUUUUGGCUUUACAUUAAGGCUUUGAAACGAAGUAAAUCAGCUGUUUUCUUCAAUUUUUUUUUUUAAUUUGUCCUUUUUUUGCAUGAUUCCAACAAGAAUUCAAUGCACGAUGUAUGAGAAUUUUAAGAAAAAUAAUCUGCAUUUUCUUGCUUUCUUUCGAAUAUGAUGUGAGAGAUGACAACACACGCAAAAACACAUUUGUGGCCAUAAUAAUGACAUGUUUCAAAUCGAUUUUUUUUCUGCAUUGUUAAUUGUUUGAUCCUCAUUAAUAAGCAACAUGCAACCGUAUGCAUUUUUAAUGUAAAUUAGAGCGAGAAAUUUCUUCAAUCUCAUAUCCUCCCCCAAGCACAUAGCAAGAAAAGUGUCAAUGUGUGUUUGCGUGCAUUUUUCUUCAUUUCAGUAUUAAUUGUGCGACAAUUGCGUGUUGUGGCAUAGCCACUAAUUCAUCGAUAGCUCAAUCGGCCACACGCACAAUCAAUCGUGUUCCCAAACCGAAAUUGAAUCACAGCAGUAACAAUAAUUAAAUUUAAUGAGGAAAAAAACAUCAAUUUUAUGCAACAACCAACAUCUUUGAUAUAAAACAACCAACCAACAAAAAUUUAAACUUUACGAAAUAUAUUCAACAAAAAAAUACGCACGUUCAUAACAUUAAACCCAAUUAAAUGUAUUGAAGAAGAAAAUUUUUCUCACCCACAACAACACACAAUUCUUGUCAUCGUUCUCUUUUUUGAUAAUAAUCUAAAUUGUAUUGAUAUAGUUCUGUAUCUUCGUAGCAAAACAAAAACCAAACAAUAAAAAAUAUAUGGAAAUUUCAUUAGAAAAACCACGUAAAUUUAAGUAACUCUCAAAAAGAAGAAAACUCUUAACAAAUUGUAUUGACUUAAAAAAAAAAAAUUUGAAUUGCAAAUGUGUUUGCUUUCUGUUAAAUUAGGGAAGAAAAGAGAAAGAUAGAUUCACUUUAAUUUUUUUUAUGAAUACCUGUGAUUGUCAUAUGUAUAUUGAUGAAACCAAGAUGGCCAUUCUUGGUUAAACCAAAUCCUACGUAGCCAGACCAAUAUUUUAGUCUAACUUCAAGCACUUUUGGUUUGCAAAAUAGUGAAAUUUGAGAAAAAAUAGAAAUGUUUCGUCUAGUUCCAAAUUGAAUUUCAUUUUCACGUUGAAAAUCCCUCUAGAAUUGUUGAAAUGAAUUGGAAAGAAAAAAUGUGCUUUAUCAUUUGUCUCCUCUUGUCAAAUAUUGAAUUACGUGAUCAGUUUUUCUUUUUGUAUGUGUAUGGCUUUAGUUGUUUUUUUUAAUAGAGCAAAUGACAAGCAAAUCUCAUUUUAAAAAAAUGGUAUGCAAUUAACAAUGACAUAAUAUACGUGCAGUGUUCGUCGAACACACGUACAAUGCAUACCCAGAGAAAGAAGAAAAAAACAAAUCCUAUGCACAUUGUUCAUCAGUCUAUCUCUAUUGAAAAAAAGUUAUUUAAUUGGUCGAUGUUAAUUUGUCGAGACUGUCGCGACUUUCGAUUGUGAUUUAAAUUGUAUCCCCUCUUUCUUCGCUGUUUGUUUCCAAAUUCAAUUUCUUUUUGAAUUUCUUCAAUGAAUAUAUAGCAAAUUCAUUAAAAAAUCUUUUUGGCAUGUUGAGCGUGCAUACAUUUUUUCAUACCAAAUGAAUCAAGUAUAUAAAUGACACCGCACGCUUUUUUGUACUAAAUUUUGUCUAUUUCGCAUUUUUAUAUAUUUUGAACCAAAUAAUUAAAAAAUAACGAAAAAUUUGAAUAAACAAUUUUAAGAAAAGAAUUUAAAAAAAAACUCUUUGUAAAAAUCAAACCCAGCAACAAGAUGAGGUGAAAGAAGCAUGUAUGAAGGGAAACAUUUUUAGUGGAAAGUUUAUUAUAGUAAUCGAUAGAGGGUGAGAAAACAAAAUGUAUAGAAAAGAAAAGAAUCAACUAAAGUUAUAUUGAAUAUUGUACAUGUAGUCCUAUUCCAUACAUUCACUCACUCACUCUCACAUACACACCCCUUCCUCAAAUCACAUGCAUAAAGACGCGAGACGUGUUCUUUUUUUCCCCGAAUUAAUCUGUUUCAGGAAUAAAUUUUAGUAGAAAUUAUAUAUUAUGAAGACAUAUACUUAUACACACAAACACACACAAACAAUCCACAUAAAAUAUUUAAAUGACAAUGCAAUUAGAGCGCAGAUUUAUUUAUACAAAUACGUUGAACAUACGCGCGCGCGCGCUUUUGUUCCGUUUCCGAACAAAUAUGAGCAAAGCGUGUUUUUAUCGUGUGACAAAUCGAUCCCGUCUUUUUAUGAAAACACACCAUUCUUACUCAUUUUUGUUGACAUUAUUUUUGGUUCUUUUUGAUUCGACGGGUGGAUAUGGCCUUUUCGGGUAAUUAGUAUCCUCAUUCGUUUACCGUCAUGGAAUAAUCUCCACGGAUUCAUUACUUCCGGUAAAUGGAUAACGAUACUUAAUUUGUGUGUGCCUCAUGUAUGAUUGCAAGAAAAGACAGGUGAUUUAUUGACCCUAGAAACAACACUAACAGUCAGUCAUAAAUUGACAUGGUGAUUACAAAAAUAACCACACAAAAAUGAACGCUGACAGAAAAAAAAUCGAAUCCAUUGCAUUAAUUUGAGUUUAUUGAAACCACCACCCAGAAAAAAAAAACGAGCUAAAAUCAGUUCAAUCGAUUUGUGUUCUUCUGCAUUUGUAUAAAGUAGACCCAAUAUAAAUGUACUAGGUGUAUCAGUGUAUAUCCAAUGUAAAAACAUUUUUAUUGAUAUUUGUUUGAAUGUUCAUAGCUUCACCCAUAAAAACCAAAAAAAGAAGAAGAUGAAGAAAAAAAUAAUUAUGAACGAAGUCAUCUAAUGAACUACAUAACACAACAAAGUAAAGAAAAAACCCUAUGCAAAUCACUUGAGUCAAACAGUGCAAACAGCAGCAGCAGCAGCAGCAGCAGCAAGUAGCUAAUAACAUAAAACAUAGAGAAACCAUUCAAAAUGAUAUGACUGACAAGAAACAUUUCAUUCGAUUUAAAAACGACAAAAAACCAAGGCGAAGAAGGAGAGUUUUUUUUUUAUUUCUUUCCUGCGAUGUCUCUUUUUGAACGGUUUUUUGAUAACAAAACAAAAACAAAAGAAGAAACAAAAACAAAAGAAAAUUCUUUUGACUUUCUAUUCAAAUAUCGCCCGCAUCCGACUAUUGAUUCGUAUCGAUUCAAAAAGGAACAUUCAAAGAUUUCAUUUGAAAAAUACAAAGAAACAUUUAAUAAAGAAACAAACGUAAGAAAUAAAUGUAAAUUUCAUGUGAUGUGCAAAUAGCCGUAGACAUUAAUUAAACAAAAAAAAACAAACUUUUCAAAUAGAAUUCGAAUAUGAUUGUCAUAAACAGUACCUUAGAAACACACGACAAAAAAAAGAAGAGCUUCUUUUACAUUUUUUUGUCUAAUUUAACAUUUUUUUGUUCUUUGUUUAUGUCAUUCCUUUUUCCGAAUCAUACGAUGAGGUCAGAGCAAAAUGGAUUGCCACCAAUAUUUUCGGAAUGAAACACAAUCCAAAUUGAGAUCAAUCGAUGAGAACUGCGUGUGUGUUAGCCAUGAUUCUCAUGUUUGGGCCCAACGGGCGUGCACCACAUUGCUCACACACACACACACACACCAAUUUUCGAAAGGGCCCGACAACACGACACGGGCGCAUCUAUUCAGUCAAUAGGAUGUUUGCAUUUCGCCACACAAAAAAACAAAAAAAUGCAUAACAGAUAAGCGAAACGAAGAAAGAAUCAAAUUGAUUCCAUGCCCAUCGAUAGGAACUAAUUGUGUUUUUCACCAGCAACAAAAACAAGAAACUAUAGAGAGAAACAAGAAACCUGUUAAGUACAUUUAACUAGAAGAAAAGACAAACAUAACAAAUGAAAUAUUCAUCGAUUUUAAUAUUAGCUUACAUUUUUUUCGUUUCUUGUGUUUUUUUUUGCGUGUAUAAAAUUAAUCUAUAGAAGAAAAAACAAAAACAAUUUUUUUUUGUAUUUACUUUCGGUUUUCUUUGUGUUCUUCCUUUUUUCUUUCGUCGUUGGCGGCGUUGAUGAAGAAAAAAAAACAUUUUUCUGUGCACUUUUUUUUACAACUUUUUAAUUUUUUUUUUGUCUUUUUAUGAUUUUGACUUUAAUUUACGGUUUUAUUCCAAUUUAAUUUUUACUAUCAUACUUGUAAUCUUUUUUCACAUAUUUGUAUAGAUUGUCUUUUUUUU